CGAUUUGCCUACUCUCUAUGUUCUGCACCACUUGUAAGUGUAUAAGCACACUAUGAUGCGCUGUAAAUUUCAUUAGCUACUACAAAUCAUUGCGCAGUACAUUAAAGCUCUGUUUUAGAAGCCAAAUGACAUAAGCUUCCAACUCGCUUUCAGUCUCUUCACUUCACCAUCUCAUUGCUUCAGACUCCAUUAAACUCGAUCCCUCUAGUUACCUGAUAUGGAGGACUCAAAUAUUGCAACUAAUACAAGUCACAAGACUAGCCUAUCUCGUUCACGAUGAAGCAAAAGCAGUUGCCACUUCUACCAGUGGCAAAUCCAGUGAUACAAGGUAGUAACAGUGAUGAUAGGGAGGCCGGAAUUAAGCAAAGCAUAAAAUAAAAACAUUGGCUUUCUCAAUUGAAUUGAAGCAAAGUAUAGAAUAAGAACAUUGCCUUUCUCAAGAAGAAAUAUAGGUUUUGUGUGUUACAGGGUAAAAUAACAGAACAAAAACUUGCAGGAUCUUGCAAGAAAAGCUAUCUGAAUAUGCUCCUAAUAAAAUAAACAACAUAACACCAUUCAGGCUUAAUUUUCUUGUCCAUCUUCUUAUUUCUGGCAAUUAUAUAUAUCUGUACGAUUUCAAUUGCAACAGAAUACAUCAAUAACAUUAUUUCACAAGUUCAUCCAACAAGUCUAAUUAAUGGCACAUUACGGGGAUCACAGAAGAGGGACUAAUUUGACAACUUCAGUCAAUCCAGUAUACGAAGAUAUUGAACCUUCAUCCGGUUGGAUAGAGGAUGCGGAAAAUCAUUACCUUUUCAUUGAUCUUCCUGGAUUCAAAAGGGAGGAGGUGAAGCUUCAAGUUGACACAUUUGACAAUAUAAAGGUAAGUGGAGAAAGGAAGGUAGGCGAGUAUAAAUUUAUUCGCUUUCAAAAAUCAACGAAAGCACCUGAAAAAUCGAAAUCUGAGGAUACCAGUGCAAGGAUUGAAGACGGCAUUCUGUUUGUGAUCAUCCCAAAAGAAUUACCAGAAAACAGUGAACGCGACGAGGCAGCAAUUGCUAGCUCUGGUCAUGAAGAGAAUCAACAAGAGGAAAUUGAAAGUUCGAAAGGUCAUGAUACAGAGGAAAAAGAAAAUGAUAAACAGGGACCGAAUGGGGACGAAGAAUUUCAUGAUGCAAAAAUGGCGAAAAAAUGGCACGAGGUUUAUCCAGUGGCAGCAGGAAAAGAAAUUCUGAAGAAGAACAAAACGAUUGUAAUUACAGCAUUGCUAGCAUUUUCUUUGGGGGUUUACGUUUCUCAAAAAUUGCAGUCCAAGUAAAAUCGAUUAAGCUUCGUGAUUAGUCAUUCUCUAGUAAUCCAAUUACUUAUGUACAUAACAUACUAAACGUGCAAUGAACAUACAAAUAAGUUUGUUGUUCAAAACUAUCAUUUAAUUUUGCAAAAUGAUUUCAUAAAAUUGCAUUUCGAAAAUGUAGUGCACUUUACAAAAGUUAACCAGAUAUAUUGGCAUAACA